AUGUCCGAGUACAAAAUGGUCCGAGCGAUACGACAUCUCACCGGCUUCAGAACUUUGGAGAUCGGCAAGUGCCCCAAAAGUUGCCUGUCCUAUGGCGCCAAACGACUCCAAGAUCUUGAGGAGUGUCCGACGCGCGGGUGCCGCGAGAAACGUUUCACGCUGGGCAAGAAUGGCGAGAAAAUUGAGCGGUCAACGCAGCGCUUUCAUGACCCCGCCCCUUUUGUUAACGCGCUUCGUGCACACCCAGUAAUCGGCCCUACCCUCGCCAAUGCCAAGCCGAGCGACGAGGUCGUCGACUUGUACAAGGCGUCAGGCAGUGACUCGGGCUCUUACCCGGUCGUGAAGCGAUGGGUCGACGGCUUACACGCACGAAGGCUUUACGCAAACGGCGAUCUCAAGCCGGAUGACAUCCCUCUUGCAACAUUCUCCGACGGAACCGAAGUGCUCGCGCACUCCAACGCCAAUCGCAAGGUCAACACCCACAUCUCUGGGGUGAUACCCAUGACCUUGCCCCCCGAACUUCGUUGGAAGCUAUCAUCGCACUGUCAUCUCCGUGAACGGCCCUCAAAAACCCAAAGACGAAAAGUCAUUCCUCGAAACACUCUGUCAACAGCUCUACAUCUUCGAAGGGGAGCGUACAUACUUUUCAGCCGCUCGGGACAGGCACGUGCUUUGCAGAGACAGGAUCGUGGCUUGCAUAGCCGACACGCUGGAGCAAGCAGGCCUUGAAAACCUCGUGGGAGCAAGAGGCCUCGUUUCGUGCUUGAUCUGCUCGAUCAUCAGCAUACCUCAUCACGCACCUGGAAACACCAAAGGCUAUCUGCCGUUCUGUGUUCCUCAUGCGAAGCAUUCGAAAACGACGAGGGAGUGAUCGUAUCGGUGCUCGACCAUCCCGAGUGGGCUGGGCUUGUCGACACCGCCACGACAUUCCAAACCCCUGGUGGACGGGACGUUCGACUGGAUAAUGAGCGCAACUACAAGCACUACUGUCGGGUGGGUGAAGCAAUGAAACGACACCCAACCAAGCUCGAAUCGCUGCGGCGUCGCACGGGGAUCUCAGGCGAAGCUCCGAUCGAGGCGCUUGACCUGUUCAAGGAUGCUUACUCCACGUUCCUACCAUUGGAUUAUAUGCAUCUGAUUGGUAUCAACAGUGGAAGCACUUUCAUCAAUAUCCUCGUCGGCGACUUGUGUCAGCCGAGAGAUUCUUGA